UGGCCCGGCCGCCCGGCGUGGGGGCGUGAUGACCGGGUGAGCGCUGGGCAGCUGCUUCUCCCGCCGCCGCGGCCGGCGCGCCAUGGCUGCCAAGGAGGACUUGUACAGCCAGGUGGCCCCGUGGAGGAGCCGGCAGACCCGGGCGGGGACCGUCAAGCGCGGCUCUUCGCUGGAGAUCCUCCUCUCCAUGGGCUUCCCCAAGGCUCGAGCGCAGAAAGCUUUGGCAUCUACUGGAGGGCGAAGUGUUCAAGCAGCAUGCGACUGGCUCUUUUCCCAUGUCUGUGAUCCAUUCCUUGAUGACCCUCUUCCUCGGGAAUACGUCCUCUAUCUGCGUCCCACCGGCCCCUUAGCGCGGAAGCUCACCGACUUCUGGCAGCAGUCAAAGCAGCUGUGUGGGAAGAACAAAGCACACAACAUUUUCCCCCAUAUCACACUCUGCCAAUUCUUUAUGUGUGAAGACAGCAAGGUCGACGCACUCUGUGAAGCGCUGCAUGCAACAGUGACCCGGUGGAGAUGCAAGUUCCCUGCUCCUUUGCCACUGGAACUGUAUACCUCAUCAAACUUCAUUGGUCUCUUUGUUAAGGAGGACUGUGCAGAGAUCCUGAAGAAAUUUGCUGCGGACUUUGCAGCAGAAGCCACUGCUAAAGCUGAUGUGCACGUGGAACCUCAUAAGAAGCAACUCCAUGUGACCCUGGCAUACCACUUCCAAGCCGACCACUUGCCCACACUUGAGAAGUUGGCUCAGAGCAUAGAUGUCAAGCUGGGCUGUGACUGGGUAGCUGCCAUCUUCUCCCGUGACAUUAGAUUUGCCAAUCAUGAGACCCUGCAAGUCAUCUACCCAUAUACCCCACAGAAUGACGAUGAACUUGAACUCGUGCCAGGAGAUUUCAUCUUCAUGUCUCCUGUGGAGCAAAUCACAACUAGUGAAGGCUGGAUUUACGGUACUUCUUUUGCCACUGGGUGCUCAGGACUGUUGCCAGAGAAUUAUAUCACCAAAGCAGAUGAAUGUGGCACUUGGGUAUUCCAUGGGUCCUAUUCUAUUAUGAAUGCCACUAUCUCCUCAUCUCUCUUGAUGUUCACUGAUGGGGUGAUGGAUCGAAGAUUCCAGGAAGAUCAAGGACCGGGAGAAACGGGGCCUCUCACAAUCUUCUGUCAGAGUAUGCAGCCCUUAAGGAUCGCCAACACACCGGGGCCCCAGAAAAGAUGCCUUUUUGUUUGCCGUCAUGGUGAAAGGAUGGAUGUUGUGUUUGGAAAAUACUGGCUCUCCCAAUGUUUUGAUACCAAAGGGAGAUACAUCCGGACAAAUCUGAAUAUGCCUCACAACUUGCCUCAACGGAGUGGUGGUUUUAGGGAUUAUGAAAAAGAUGCCCCCAUCACGGUGCUGGGAUGCACGCAAGCCCGGCUUGUGGGGGAGGCCCUUCUUGAAAGCAACACAGUCAUCCACCACAUCUAUUGUUCCCCAUCACUGCGCUGUGUACAGACCGCGCACCAUAUUCUGAAAGGCUUGCAAGAAGAAAAUAACCUGAAGAUUCGAGUUGAGCCAGGCUUGUUUGAGUGGACCAAAUGGGUUUCAGGGAAUUCUCUGCCAGCCUGGAUCCCACCACUUGAUUUAGCUGCAGCCAGUUUGAGUGUCGAUACGACCUAUAGACCUCAUAUAGCUGUGAACAAAUUAGGAGUUUCUGAAUCCUAUGAAACAUACAUCAGCAGGAGCUUCCAAGUCACCAAGGAAAUCCUAAGUGAAUGCAAAGCUAAAGGUAACAACAUUUUGAUAGUUGCACAUGCAUCCUCCCUUGAGGCCUGUACUUGCCAGCUACAAGGACUCUCACCGCAGAAUUCAAAGGACUUUGUCCAGAUGGUCAGAAAGAUUCCAUACUUGGGCUUUUGCUGUUGCGAAGAGCUUGGAGACACGGGGCUUUGGCAGUUGACUGAUCCACCCAUCCUUCCACUCACUCAUGGACCAACGGGUGGUUUUAACUGGAGAGAAACUUUGCUGCAAGAAUAAGGCCAAAAGGGAGAUCAGAAUAACAGAAGAGAGGGCUUUCUUAAAAACUGGAGAACAUCUCACCUACUGGAGUUUUUU